CUGUUUUACCCCACAAAUUUCCUGAUCUACUUCACGCCCUCUGCUAUCGGGGCUUAUCAAAUCACAAAGAUUAUUUCUCCUCGGAAAUCCCAAUGUUCUGUUAGCUUUGUGAAGAAAUCGGUGUGUGUUAAAGGUGAGAUUGUUAGAGGUGUACCGAUGCUGAAAGCUGUGUGUGGUUGUCAACUCCGGAAAAGAAGAAAAAUCUUGUCUGGUUGGUCUAAGGUCUGCAUUAAGUCCUGGGAUAACCUUGAUGCUUAUGUGGAAAGUUUGAGAUAUAGAUCAAAAAUCAGCCCGUAUUGGGAAUCGGCCAAGUCUCUGCCUAUUGUCUGGGUUUAUAUGACUGGAAAUUUGGUGGUUGUGCUAUUCGUAGUGCUUCUGGAGUUGGAUAUUAAGUCUAAGGGUGGCCAGUUUAGUACCAUAAUCCUCAAGCUGAAGUCUCCAUGGUGCAAUAAAGGGCAUAGACCAUUCCCAUUCCAUAUUGACCUAGAAGCCUCCAUACAAACACAUGGUUAUCGAACACAUGCUCCAAAUAUCCGGGAUUUUUUUUACUGCACAUGUGGAAAGUACAUGGCCCUUGGGAAGCAAAAUCGUUUACAUAGGAGUGCACCAGUAUUUUGGCAAGCAGUAAUUCUUUGUGCAUACCUGAUGGCUGCUUCAGCGUUUCACUUUGAUCCAAGUCCCACGCAUGAUUUCACAUGAAAACCCCACUUGUCUGCCAGAGAGUGGACACCUGUCGGUAUCCAGGUUGUGGAUUUUGACAUGGAUCCCCAUGUUAUGGCAGACCAGCCUGCCGAGGAUGAAAUGGACGAGAAAAUCCAUGGUGUGACUACUCUGGAUGAGUGUUCAAUCACCAUGGACAAGGUAGCUGCCCUUCCAGCAUAUCUCAGGGAACCUAUUGUUUCCUUAGCAGCCAAAAGCAUGGAGAACCUUGUUGAUGGAGACGAGGAUCCGGCAUCUGAGGACCAUUUACGCCUAGAAAAAUUUGACCUGGGUGAAGAAAAUUUGGAGGAUGAAGAUGAAGAUGAAGAGAUGAUGCUGAGUGACGAGGAGCGUAAGAAACUGGAGGACAGCUGGACUGCCGAAGACAAGGAAAGGAUUAAAAGACAACAAUACACUUAUCUUGCAGAAGAUGGACUGAAUGAAGAGGAGAUGAAGAAGGUAGCUCUGGAUAGCCAAGACCUUGCAAAAUCCUUCAUGAUAUUCAGAUUGUGGUGGCAGAACAAAAGAGUGGUCAGUCUGCGGCCCCGUUGCCUCGAGGGAAAGAAUGUCUGUGCCCUCAAGUGGAGAAGACUGUUUUUCCAGGGACGUUUCAUUUGCUGCCGAAAGCUAAAGGGUUCUUCCCAGAAUUUUCCAACGGGGGAAAAUUGUCUACCCUUAUCGUUCAAGGGGACCCUGAGGGGUGGACUCUCCCAGAACAUACUCCAGGUUUACCAUGGCCA